CACCCCGCGGAUCAACUGUCAGUCAAUAUAUACCCGGUAGGAUCCCGAAUCGGGCAUAACGUUCCGGACUCUCCUACCAUCAACAUCACCACGUAACCAGUACUAAAAAAAACAAAAUGGCCAGAUUUAUCGUCCUGUUCUUUGCCUGCUUGGCUUUGGCUGCAGCGAGACAAGUGAGGCGCGAUGCCCCGCCGCCAUCCCCUUUGCAAGAGAUCGAAAAACACGCGACCGAGUUCUCAAAGACCUUCACAGAACAAAUCAACUCUUUAGCCAACUCCAAGAAUACCCAAGAAUUCAACAAGGCACUUAAAGAUGGCUCGGACUCAGUUUUGAAGCAACUUUCUGCCUUCUCAAGCUCUCUUCAGAACGCGGUGAACGACGCGAGCGGCAAAGCGAAGGAGGCCCUGGAGCAGUCGCGCGCCAACAUCCAGAAGGCCGCGGAGGACCUCCGCAAGGCGCACCCCGAGGUGGAACAGCACGCCACCCAGCUGCGGGAGAGGAUCGAGUCCACUGUCAAGUCUGUUGUUGCUGAGAGUCAAAAGUUGGCCAAGGAAGUUGCGGCCAACAUGGAGCAGACCAACCAAAAGCUGGCACCACAGAUCAAGUCCGCGUACGACGACUUCGUAAAGCAAGCCGAGGAGGUCCAGAAGAAGUUGCACGAGGUCGCCACCAAGCAGUGAGCUGCGCCCCCGCUGUCAUCACAUAUUACACUACAAUAAAAUAGCUAUAUUCUUCUA